AUGACACGAGAUAAAAUGAAAGACAUCAAUAGAUCAUCAUUAUUUCCAAGUAUUGAUUCAUUUCAAUAUUAUAUUCCAUUGACAUCAACACCAAAACGUUUAAAUAAAUCUCAUUAUUCACAACCAUUAUCAUCAACUUUAUCAUUAUCAAAUAAUUCUUUAAAAAAAUUCGAUUUAUCAAUUUCAGCAAUAACUUUAAUUAAGAAACCAUCUUUACAUUAUAAAAAACGUCAUCGAUGUUAUCAUCGACGAAGAAAUCCUAUACAUUCAUCAACAAUUAUCAAACGUAUUGAACUCAAAGAUUUAUUAUAUUCAACAAGAGCUAUGAAGAAGCAACAAGAAAAUCAACAACGUCAUUAUACAAAAAAUGAAAUGAAAAUUUAUCUUGUAUAA